AUGAGUCGCGCGCGCGUAUACUGCGACGUAAACGAGACACGACCACGUGAGUAUUGGGAUUACGAGACGCUGAAUGUGUCGUGGGGGGACCAAGACAAUUACGAGGUGAUCCGCAAGAUUGGUCGAGGCAAGUACAGUGAGGUGUUCGAGGGGUACAAUGUCGCAAGCAAUUCCCGCUGCGUGAUCAAGAUCCUUAAACCCGUCAAAAAGAAAAAGAUCAAACGUGAGAUCAAGAUACUGCAGAACCUCUCGGGCGGUGUAAACAUCAUCCAGCUACUGGAUGUGGUGCGCGACCCACAGUCCAAGACGCCGAGUUUGGUGACCGAGUAUGUAAACAAUACGGACUUCAAGAUGCUGUAUCCGACGCUGAGCGACUUCGACAUUCGCUACUACUUGUUUGAGCUGCUGAAGGCGCUGGACUAUUGUCACUCGAACGGCAUCAUGCACCGUGACGUGAAGCCGCACAACGUUAUGAUUGAUCACGAGAAGCGCCAGCUGCGUUUGAUUGAUUGGGGUCUCGCCGAGUUUUAUCACCCGGGUCGCGAAUACAAUGUGCGUGUGGCUAGCCGCUACUUCAAGGGACCAGAGCUGUUGGUGGAUAUGCAGGAGUACGACUACUCGCUGGACAUGUGGAGUCUUGGCUGUAUGUUUGCAGCCAUGAUUUUUCGCAAAGAGCCGUUUUUUCAUGGUCAUGACAAUUGCGACCAGUUGGUAAAAAUUGCCAAGGUGAAGGGUACCGAUGAGCUUUUUGAUUACCUCACCACAUAUGACCUGGAGCUCGACCCGCAGUACGAUGGCAUUUUGGGCACGCACACAAAGAAGCCUUGGGAGAAAUUUGUCACGCAAGAGAACAAGCAUUUGGUGUCUGCUGAGGCUAUCGACUUCUUGGAUGGUCUAUUGCGCUACGACCACCAAGAGCGACUGACAGCAAAGGAAGCUAUGCAACACGCGUACUUUCAGCCGGUACGUGACGCAGCGGAGCAGAAGCUGCGUGGUGGUGCGCACCAUACUGAUGAGAUAACCAGCGUAUCUGACUCAAGUGCGUAA